AUGUCUCUAAAACGGAGAUCAUCCAGGUUACCCUUUGUCACUAGGGGAAUUACAUUCUUCCUCGCCGCGUUUGGCGCCCUGAAUCCAGCCGUAGCCUGCUCCGUUUCAGCGUCAUCCACGCCGACUUUUCUAUUACGGAAUGCCGGUGCUCCCGUCCGCGCGAGGGCGAUCAGAGUUAUGGUCGUAGGCGAUUCAAUUACCCAAGGUCACGAAGGUGAUUGGACUUGGCGCUACCGGCUGUGGCAAUGGUUUAAUGACCAAGGUGUUGAGGUCGACUUCGUCGGGCCAUGGAAGGGUACUAGGCCUCCCGACCCGGCCACUUCUCCGGUUCCACCUCCUUUACAAGAUCCUCCAGCUUCAGACGACCCAGGGCAAAUCACCACCGGAGGAUACGCCGUCGGAGUAGAUCCUAACUUCGACAGCGAUCACUUCGCAGCUUGGGGGCGACAAUCAGCACAGGAUAAAGACCUAAUCCGCGGCAUGGUAACGACAUAUAGCCCAGAUUAUCUUCUUGUCUUGCUCGGAUUUAACGACCUGGGUUGGGGUAUUAGCGACGCCGAAGGCACUUUUGAAAGCAUGGAGAUUUUCAUCAGCGAAGCUCGCGCUGCCAAGCCUGACAUUAAAUUCGCUCUGGGAAACAUUCCGCAACGCAGUUUCAUUGGGGAACAUAGUGACCUGCCUAGCAAAACGGAUGUUUACAAUCAAAUACAAGCAGCAGCUAUCCCGAGGUUGAGUACUCCCAGUUCCCAGAUUGAACUCGUCCAAAUGAGAGAAAACUACGAUUGCGAUGUCGGUGGCUGUCCCGCCGGCUAUGAUGGUUUGCACCCCAACGUUCUAGGCGAGUACCAGAUUGCACAAGCCUUCUCACGUACUUUAGUUAAUGGCUUUGGUAUUGGAACCAACGAACUGGUCAUUCCUGCAAGCCUUCCAGUUCGGCCCAUCUCCGUGCCUACUAAUUUCCAAGCGGUGUCAAGCGUGACCGGUGUGACGGUGACUUGGGAUGCUGUCUACGGCGCAAUGGGCUAUGAGCUCCAGAACCGUCUCGUAGGGGUUGAUACCUGGAACACCUGGUCUACUACUUUCAAUAGGUACGACACGUCGUGGGUCCUCGACGGCUGGGAAUAUGAGUUUAGGAUCCGUAUGAGCAACGGCGAUGCGGUGAAGUCUGAUUGGUCGGACAUAAUCUCUGCAGUGUGCCACCCACAAACGCCUCCAGCACCAACUGACAUAUUAACUGGAGCUACUGCCACUGGCGUGGAUAUUUCGUGGGCUCCGUGUGGCCAUGAUAUCACUGAGUACGCUGUCAUCCUCUACAACAGGGACACAGUCGGCUCAUAUGUUGAGACGAUUGGCAUUGAGCCUACAAGCCUUUCUGCCCACGUCGACUCACUGACUCCAGGUAUCCACUAUGAUAUUGCCGUGCAAGCUUGGAACCAAUAUGGUGGCGGUUUUCCGGGGGUGGGCAAGAGUGUCACUGUUGGGGCUGGGGCCCCUCCCGCCCCUACGAACUUACAGAUCACCUCGAUUGACGGUACUACUAUCGAGAUGGCCUGGUGCGGCUCUCCUGAAGCCGCUGGCUACCGUACUUGGCACCGCAACAUCAACGAUGGCAGCGUACUCGUUGGCGAUGACUUUUCUACAGCUGAAACUAAAUACGGCGUCGCUUUUCUGUUUCCAGGGGUCUGGAACUACGAGUUCUGCGUUAGUGCCAUCAAUGGCGAAUUGGAGUCAGGGUUGUCAAACUGCGUGGUGUGUCCACAACCCGGAGAAGUAGCAGGUGGUCCCGUUGGCGGCGCAGAUUGCUAUUCUGGGGUCAACUGGUCAGCGACAGUUGUUGUCGGCAAUCCAACCCUUGCUACGUUUGUUCCUGAGCAGAACGUCAUGCGUCCUGGGCUGAUCCCCGCUUUUCCGGGCACGGGAGCUACCUUCCCAGCAACGCAAUUCCCUUUACAUUUAUCCUCUCCUAGCGCCCACGGAUAG